UUUUUUUUUUCCCUUUUUUUAUAAAAAUAAAACCGGCAAACUUGUAACUCACUUAGUGAAAAUAUAUUUUCCAUUCCAAGUAAAAUUUUCUGCUUAUUCCAAUAUCUACUACUGAUUUUUUGGGGAUAAUUAUUUCUCUGAAGAGGAUAAAAUGCCAAAAGGAAAAAGAAAGUUUUGAAAAGAAGUGUUUUGAAAACUUUGAUUUAGAUAUGCCUCCAAAAGGCAGAGGCCGUGGAAGAGGAGUAGGUAGACAAGAACAGGAACAACAUCCUCCAGGACAAGGUCAAGCUCCUAGACAGGGACCUCCCAGACAAGGGCCACCUGGAUUUGAUGCCAGGCGAGGUCCGCCAGGAUUUGAUCCUGGGCAAGGGCAAGGUACUGCUAGACAAGGCUCUGGACAAGAUGCCCCAAGACAAGAACAACAAAGACCUCAAAUGCGAGGUCCUGAUGAUCAACAAAGACAAGCUCCUGGAAGACCAGAACAAACAGGACCACCACCUGAUACUCAACCUCCUCCACGGGAAGAACCACCACCUGUGAGGGAAGUAAGAAGAGAGAGAAGAGUUGACCCAGAACAACUUGGUAUUGAGCUAGAAUAUAAAAUGCAAAUACAAUCUUCAUUACCACGAAAACCCAAACCUUCACAGCGUCCGCCUGGAAGAGUUAUCAGAUUGAUAUCCAAUUGCUUCAGUAUUGAUUUACCCCGAGGCAGUGUAUAUCACUAUGAUGUAGAUAUAGUUAGCAAAAGGAGAGCUGCUGAACCAAAAAAAGUAGCGCAAAUUCCGGCAUUACAAGAUGUUAAAAAAUAUCGCUGCAUGAGCACAAAGCGUAACAGAGAAAUAAUUGAUCUAAUGCUUAGAGUUGAUCCCCAUUUUCAAAACUUGCAUGCGGCAUAUGAUGGUAGAAAAAAUUUAUAUACUAAGAGACCCUUGAAUAUUCCGAAUCCUCCUCUGAAGUGUAAUGUUCAAAUGCCUCCAGAAAAUCCAGCUGAUGAGAGAACUGAUGAUUUUGUGGUUAAUAUUCAGCCUGUGAGAAAGAAGGAUAGCACCUCUUGUGCAAUCAGCUUGGAUUCACUACAAGCCUUGUUUGAAGGUCAUAUAAGUUCAAUUGAUCAAGAAGCCGUGAUGGCUGUUGAAACUAUUUUAAGACAUCGACCUUGUCAGCGGUUUUUUCCAGUUGGUCGCUCAUUUUUUUACCCACCUGCUGAGCAGGACAUUCACCCUCUGGGUGGUGGAAGAGAAAUUUGGUUUGGUUAUCAUCAAAGUUUGAGACUUGGUCAGUGGAAACCUAUGGUUAACCUCGAUAUCACUGCCACAACCUUUUACCAGAAAGGUCCUGUUCUUAAUUAUAUUGCAGAAUUCUUGAGGACAAACAUUGCUGGCUUAGAGAACACGACUCUCAGGGAUGCUGAUAUUAGAAGAAUUUCAAAAGAGUUGAAAAACAUGAGAAUUGAAGUAAACCAUUUAACAUAUAAACGGAAAUAUCGCAUUUUGACUUUAACUCGUGAAAGAGCUGAUAGAUUAGAGUUUAACAUCACUGAAAAUGGAGUUAAUCGAAGAGAGACUGUAGCAAAUUAUUUCCGAAGGCAGUAUAAUAGGCAACUUCGUUUUCCUCACCUUCCCUGCUUACAAGUAAAUCCUGCAGCAAAGCAAAUAUAUUUGCCCAUUGAGGUUUGUGAUAUGGUUGAAGGUCAACACUGUAAGAAAAAACUGGAAGAAAGGCAGAAUGCAGAAAUGAUUAAAUUCACUGCUAGACCUCCCAAAGCACGUUUUGAUGAGAUAAGAGAUUUACUGAAGAGGGCAGACUACAGCCGUGAUCAGUAUCUACAAGAAUUUGGAAUGAGAGUAUAUAAUGAACCGUUAAGACUUGAAGGCAGAGUUUUAGGUCCUCCAAGUGUUCGCUAUAACGAGUCUAAAAUAGUGCCUAAUGAUGGUUCAUGGGAUAUGCGUGGCAAACAGUUCUUUAAAGGAGCUGAAAUUGAUUCCUGGGUUUUCUUAAGUUUUGGAGGUCCACGAUUUUGUACUCAUGAGCACUUGAAUAAAUUUGCCAAAUUGUUAGUUAAUAUUGCUGGAGAAUCCGGUAUUUCAAUCGGCAGACCUCAACUAGUUGAUAUUAUCGACAAUCGCAGAGUUUCAGUUAAAGCAGUGUUGACUGAGAUGAAAAAGAAGUACAAUGCUCAGUUAGCUGUUAUUGCAGUUCCAGGUGCGAAUAAGGCUAUCUACGGUGAGAUUAAACAAGCUGCAGAAACUGUGCUUGGAUUGACUACUCAAUGUGUUAAAGAUGAUAAUGUCGUCAAGAAAUGUAAUCCUCCUUUAGUCAGUAACCUUUGCCAAAAGAUCAAUGCAAAGAUGGGAGGAAUAAAUAAUUCAUUAACCCCUGGGGAAACACCUGAAAUAUUGAGGCGACCUGUUCUUAUAAUAGGUGCAGAUGUUACGCACCCUAGUCCUUCAAAGGAUAUAAAGCCCUCUAUUGCUGCAGCUGUUGGUAGCCUCGACUCGCAUCCCUCUCGUUACGCUGUCACUGUACGAGCUCAGACUAAUGUGGAUGAAAAGAAGCAGGCAAUUGAGAUCAUAUUGGAGUUGAAAUCAAUGGUUAAGGACCUUCUGUCUGCCUUCUAUAAAAACACACGGGGUAAGAAGCCUGAAAAAAUCAUCUUCUACAGAGAUGGUGUAAGUGAGGGACAGUUUGAGCAUGUCAUGAGACAUGAAGUCACAGCCAUCCGUGAAGCUUGUCAAGAAAUCCAAGCUGGCUACGAACCUGGAAUAACCUUUGUUGUUGUUCAGAAAAGACACCAUACUCGUUUCAUGCCCCAAGAUGCAAGAGAUGGUGUAGGCAGAAUGAAAAAUAUACCGCCUGGUACGACAGUUGAUAACACUGUCGUUCAUCCAUUGAAUUUCGAUUUUUUCCUGUGCAGUCAUUUUGGAUUACAAGGUACCAGUCGACCUUGCCACUACACCGUGUUAACUGACGACAACAACUUCUCUGCUGAUGACCUACACAAAUUAACGUAUUACCUAUGUCAUACCUAUGUGCGUUGUACCAAAAGCAUAUCAAGUCCAGCCCCAGUCAUAUAUGCUCAUUUGGCUGCAUUUAGAACUCGCCAAUACCUUGUAUCAAUGCUGGAUGAAUCAAGCGGGGAUAGUACUGAUUCAGCUUCUACUUUUCAUCCAUUACCUGAUGCUGUGAUCAAUGCCAUUAAGGUUAUAGAUACUCUAAAAAACACUAUGUACUUCGUCUGAGGUACUAUUCCUGUUGACAUAGCCUUGCCUUUAAAAUUGAAAACUUUGUACAAUAUUUUUUAUUUGGGUAAUGUGACAAGAAAGUAUAUAAAUUAUUUUUCAAAAAAGCAUUCUUCUUAUUUUAUUUGCUAGUAUAUUACGUCUCAUUUAAAUUUUGCAAAAGCUUCGAAGGGGUUAAAAAAGAGUUAUGAUCUAUGCUUAUGUUCUAUAUAAAUCUUGUAUAAAAUAAUGACCAAUGCUUAUGUACUAUAUAAAUAUUGUAUGAAAUAACAAAUUUAAUAGAAAAUAAAAUUAUUAAAAGAAAACAUUUAUUAGUAAGUUUUUAAAAUAAAAUAUUGUGCAAUUGACUCGUAUUAUAGCAGUGGGUUUAUUACAACUUUUAGUUCUCGUGCUAUUAAUUUCAACAUUUAAUCACAUAACCAUCAUUUAAUCAAAAUUCCCAAUUUAUGAAGUCUACCAUGUAAUCCAAGUUUUUCUCCAGAUAAAUCUGAUUACUUAAAAAAUGCCUUUGUGACCUUUUCUCACAUUUUCUUCUUCAUUCUUUUGUGUUUGCUUGAGUUGACUCAAUUUCAAAUUUGAUUUUAAAAUACAGUAAAUAAAUAUGUAUUGAUAGCUAUGAAUACGUAUUGGGAUUGGUUUUUUCUCUAGCAAAACACUGAAAUAAAGAUUUUAGCAUAAGAAAAGACACUACAAAAACAAUACUAUUGUAAGUCUAUUAUGAUGAACAUUUAUUCUUAUAUUCUUAUUGUACAUGUCUAGUCAUUUUAUACCUGUAAAACUAUUUGCGGACUUUUAAAUUGAACACAUUCAAUACAUAGUUUUGUUUUGCCUAAGCAAAAACCUCUGUUAACUUAGUAUUUAUUGAAGGAUUGAAAUUUAAAAAAAUAAAACAAAAUAAAUUGUCUAAAAGCAUCUAUUUUUUCAAUUUUGUUUCCAACUUAAGUGUUUAGCAUUUGAUUUUACAUAAUUAUUUUUUUAUUUAUUCCUAGAUAACUAUGAUGAUUACUAAAAGCCAUGCUUAUGUUUAUUUAUUACUUGCAUAACUCUUUGUGGCUUAAAAAUUCACAAUCUUACAGUUUUUUGAAAACCCUAGAAAAACGUUCAAAAUUUAAAUGUUUUAUUGAAUGUAAUAUAUUAAAAAUAAUAUUCUGUUUACUAAAUGUUACGUGCAAUAUACAAUCAAUAUUCAAUUGCUUUCAAAUGUAAGUCAAUAUUUUUUAUUUUGUUUUGAAGUAAGACAGAAAAAACAAAGCUCUGGUUUUUAUUUUUUUUUAUUUAUUUUUUUAAGAAGAACUGCAAAACUGCUCUUACAUUUCAAAACUAAGUCAUAUGUUUAUUCUUUAGUUGUUUAUUUGACUGCACUGUUAUGGAAGUGAAAACUGCAUCCAGUGUUUUUUUAAGCUUUAUGUAACAGUGCUAUGCUAGAAAAGCAAAGUAAUUGCAUUCUGCAAAAAUACCUAAACUUGUUUUAUUUUUUGUGGUACUUUUUUGUGAUUAUCUAGUUUUUGCAUCAAAAAGUGAUUACGUAUGAUUCAGUUAUGUGUAUAUUAAUUACUUACGCUUUAUGUUAAUAAAAAGCUAUGAAGCAUAAAUAAAACUUCUAUCUUUAUUA